AGAGAGAGCCUGCAAGCUGGUGACUGCCGCUGCUGCGCGUCCUCGUCUUCCCGCGUCACUGCUGCCGCCAUGCCUGGAGGUCUCCUUCUUGGGGACGAGGCUCCCAACUUCGAGGCCAAUACUACCAUCGGCCGUAUCCGUUUCCACGACUAUCUGGGAGACUCAUGGGGCAUUCUCUUCUCGCACCCUCGGGAUUUCACCCCCGUGUGUACCACGGAGCUCGGCAGAGCCGCAAAGCUGGCACCCGAAUUUGCCAAGAAGAACGUGAAAAUGAUUGCCCUCUCAGUGGAUAGUGUUGAAGACCAUCUUGCCUGGAGCAAGGAUAUCAAUGCUUACAAUGGUCAGGAGCCCACAGAAAAAUUACCUUUCCCCAUCAUUGAUGAUAAGAAUCGGGACCUUGCCAUCCUGUUAGGCAUGCUGGACCCAGCAGAGAAGGAUGAAAAGGGCAUGCCUGUGACAGCUCGUGUGGUAUUUAUCUUUGGUCCUGAUAAGAAGCUGAAGCUGUCUAUCCUCUACCCAGCAACCACUGGCAGGAACUUUGAUGAGAUUCUCAGGGUAAUUACCUCUCUCCAGCUGACAGCAGAAAAGAGGGUUGCCACCCCUGUUGAUUGGAAGGAUGGCGAUAGCGUGAUGGUUCUUCCAACCAUCCCUGAAGAUGAAGCCAAAAAAAUUUUCCCUAAAGGAGUCUUCACCAAAGAGCUCCCGUCUGGCAAGAAGUACCUCCGUUACACGCCCCAGCCGUAGUCCCCCAAGGAGGUGGUUAGCACAGUGAGCCAGGGGACGCCAGCUGCCAGUCAUGUUCUCCUGCACCUGUUCCAUAACAACAUCCUGGUGUGAUCACAGCCAAGGCCUUUAGGUUGCUAUACUACUGGCUUAUUAAACAAAAUGGCACUAAAAAUUUCUUGGGAUCCUUUCCUCUGUGCCUUCACCAGCAUUCUGUUCUGUUCCUGCACCGUAGCACUCUCUGCUGUCUCUGAAAUGUAGUCUGUAUGUGAGAUUCAAGUCUUGGAUGUCUACAGGAUGUGGGGUCGAUGAGGUAGUGUCAGUUGAUGGUGGAGAAAGUCUGUUCUGCUCCAUCAUAGAAUGACUGUCAGGUUUUCAGCUGUUCCAAUCAAAUCCAGAACUUGACGUUCAGAUUCCCCUGUAGAUACGAGUAUAUAACCCAAAAACCUGUACAGUAUCCAGAAAUUCUCCACUCUUCAGGGUUUUGAUCGCAGCGGGGGCAACAAACUUUUCAAUUCUAUACUUUUUCAGUAGAUAACUGAAGUGGGAUGAGCGGGGGAGGAAUCUUUAAAUAUUUUGCUAUAACGAAAAUUUUUCGAGAAAUUUCUAUUAAAAAAGAGAGGCUAUAGAAGAAGUUCCACUUGCCUGCCUGCCAGGGAGGUGGACCAGGAGGUGUGAGCGAUACGACAGUGCCAUGUGCCUUUCAUGCAAAGUAUUUCCAUAUGUCUGUCUGCUCUACACUGAUGGGCGCAAGAGCACACCUUGGGAAGAAAGGAGGAAAUGAUUGAAAAUGUUUUGUUAUAGAACUAUUCUUGCAGUGAGGGGGUGGGGCUGUUUUCUGAGUUUUGCUUUUUGGGGAUCAGCAAAUAAAUUCUUUGUUAAAACUGGA